ACGCGGUGGCCCAAGAGAAAAUACCAGUAGUCUGAACGUUUGGUGGUGUCUUCCUUCUCCACUGCGCUUGGUCUGCAACAAGCUAAGUUAAGCAUAACCCGCCAAAUUGUUCAUACGUUCAGAAAAUGAAUUUUGUUUCACAGCUAAAAACCCAUCAUUACUCUCCCUCCAGAAUCCAUUAUGACAGGCCAUCACCAAGCUGUCCACAUUCAGUUCAGCACCUUCUGAAAUUUUCUACUUCGCGACCCAAGUACUCUGCCAAACAAAGUAUUAGGGUUCGCUCGGAAUUCGAUGCUAAGGUCAAUGCAUUUCUCCAUUCCGAUUCGGACUCUCGUUUCGUUGACCGGCAAAAAGCAUUGGAAGCAGCAAUGGGUGAUAUAAAUAGCUCCUUUGGCAAAGGAAGUGUUACACGAUUGGGAAGUGCUGGUGGAGCUCUAGUAGAGACUUUUCCGAGUGGCAUUCUGACAUUGGACUUAGCUUUAGGGGGUGGCCUUCCCAAAGGGAGAAUUGUUGAGAUAUAUGGGCCAGAAAGCAGUGGGAAGACCACCUUAGCUCUCCAUGCUAUUGCAGAAGUGCAGAAGCUAGGAGGAAAUGCAAUGCUUGUUGAUGCUGAGCAUGCAUUUGAUCCAACCUACUCCAAAGCUCUGGGAGUAGAUGUUGAGAAUUUAAUUGUCUGCCAACCCGACAAUGGAGAGAUGGCUCUUGAAAUUGCAGAUCGCAUGUGUAGAUCAGGUGCUGUUGAUCUCAUAUGCAUAGAUUCCGUCUCAGCUCUCACUCCACGUGCUGAGAUUGAAGGGGAGAUCGGUAUGCAGCAAAUAGGGUUGCAAGCACGACUCAUGAGCCAAGCUUUGCGUAAGAUGUCAGGAAAUGCUUCCAAGGCUGGAUGUACACUCAUUUUUCUUAACCAAAUACGGUAUAAGAUAGGGGUAUACUAUGGAAACCCAGAAGUCACUAGUGGAGGAAUUGCGCUAAAGUUUUUUGCUUCAGUUCGACUUGAAAUCCGUCCUAUUGGCAAGAUAAAGUCUGCCAAAGGAGAUGAAGAAGUUGGAUUAAGGGUGCGUGUAAGAGUUCAAAAGAGUAAGGUAUCAAGGCCAUACAAGCAAGCAGAGUUUGAAAUUACAUUUGGAGAGGGAGUGAACAAGCUGGGAUGCAUACUGGACUGUGCAGAUGCGAUGGGAAUAGUGACCAAGAAGGGUUCAUGGUAUAGUUAUGGUGACCAUAGGUUGGGACAGGGUAGAGACAAGGCUUUACAGUUCCUGAGAGAAAAUACCCUUCUCUUUGAGGAGUUAGAGAAGAUUGUUGGAUCAUCCAUUGUUGAAGGAAGUGGGCAAGUAGGAUCCUUUUUUGUGAAGCACCACUCACAACAAGAUGGAGAUAUGUUUGAAGAAACCAGUUGACUCCCCCUCUUAUCCGACAUUGAUAAAAAAACAUGCACAGAACUGACAGAAGUUCCAAGAUGAUGCCGUUCGUGUGCUAUUACUAGGGGUGAGCAUUUUCUUCAAGAAAGUUAAACUACAUUAGUCCAAGAAUAUUUUGUUAGGAUAAAUGCAACAUGGGUGCAUUGUAUCUGCAGUAGAUAUUUUGUUAGCCCCUCGGGUUUAUAGGCCAGUGGUCCAGUCAUUAUUUGGCACAGAGAUGACUUUAUCUUAUAAGUAAUAUCUGCUGUAGUUUUUUCAUACACAUUCCCAUGCUUGUUGCAAGUGGGAUUGUAAAUUCAACUGCAGCAAUGUGAGAUCAUUUUACCUUGCAGUUGACCUAAAGCUGGCAAUGGAUUAGUCCAUGUUGAGAGCGAGAGUUUGUGAGAGGGAGCAAUUGUACAAUUGUACUAAAGCUAAAUAUUGCUUAAAAAAAAUUAAACAAUGACUAUACAUGUCAAUGCCCUUGAUUUUAAUGUCACUAAGUAACAGUGACAUUGCCA